AUGGGAUUAAGUCUGGAGUCGAUGUUUUGGGGGGUUCCUGGCAGUGAAAAUAAUAUUUCUUUUUGGAAAGAGCGGUGGUUGUUCGAGGAUCCUCUAUGCGACAAAUUUCCAGCCUUGUUUCAGUUGGAAAGACACAAGAAUGCAGCUGUAAAGGAUCGAUUGGGGGUUGAUUCUGAAAGUUUGGAGCUGAAUUUCAUGUGGUCUGGCCAACCGUCUACCUCUACGGAAAUUUCGGAACUGCAUGAACUUUCGGAAGCCUUGACAAACUACGAUUGUGGUUUGGAUUUGGAGCUGGCAUUUGAGUGGAACAAUUGGUCUCCCAAAAAGGUAAAUUUCCUGAUUUGGAGAUUAGUUCAAGACAAGCUUCCGACAUAUACGGCUUUGGCUAGACGAAACGUUGUUGUUCAAGAUACUCGUUGUAAAAUGUGUGGAGAUGAGGUUGAAACGGCGAUACAUUUGUUCGCCUCGUGUUCGGUCGCGGAACAGAUUUGGGAGUUUGUAUCUCGAUGGUGCAGAAUACAUCACGUCUUCGCGUUAGAGCUAAAAGAUUUGGCAAGUAUUCAUAAGAGAAACAGAGGAUCACAAAGGUGGAAAAAAGUGGUUAAUCUGGUGACUCAAGCGGCUAUAUGGGUGAUUUGGAGAAGUCGGAAUGAUGCGGUUUUUGAAGGAAAAUAA